AUGUCAGAAGAAACAACUAUGUCUAUAAAUGCUCAGAAAAUUAAAAUUGAGCCCCCAGAAUAUUCAGUAGAAGAAAUUACAUGUGAAAUUAAGGACCAAAAUGAUGGUCUUGAUGGUAUUAUUAAGUCUGAGGAUAAUGAAACAUGUCUGGAAAGAUUUAAGAUUGAGGAAAAAAUUAGACAGCAAUUAAAUGAGACUCCUUAUAAAGGUGACUUUAGUAAUAGCUCAUUUGCAGAAUCGAAUGAUUCAAAACAGCCUUUAAUCAAUCACUUGCCAAGUCCCAGCAAAGAAGGCUCUUACAAGUGCGAUGAAUGCAUUAAGACCUUCAAACAUCGGUCAACUUUAGCAAGACACAUGAUUACUCACAGUACAGAAAAACAUUUCAAAUGCGGAAUCUGUCACAAAGCUUUCAAACGAUCAGACAAAUUGAAGUCCCACAUGAUUAUACAUUCAGAGGAACGCCCUUUUAAAUGCGAAUUAUGCGAUUUAGCAUUCAAUAAAAAAAGUCACUUAACAAACCACGCACUUAUUCAUACCGGGGAACACCCUUUUAAAUGUGACUUAUGUCUAAAAACAUUCUCCCAAGCAGCUAGUCUGACCAGACAUAUGCUUAUUCACACCACGGAGCGCCCUUUUAAAUGUGAUGUAUGCGAUAAGGCUUUCAACCAAAAAAGCAAUUUGGCAAUACACAAGCGCAUACACGCAGAAGACAGUCCUUUGAAAUGUGAUUCAUGCAGUAAAACUUUCAAGCACCCGUAUGCUUUGAAAUAUCACAUGCUGACUCAUAGUGGAGUACGUCCUCAUGAAUGCAAAAUAUGCAAUAAAACAUUCAUACAAUCGAGUACUCUAAAACUGCACAUGCGUGUUCAUACCGGAGACCGGUCUUAUAAAUGUGAAAUAUGCAAUAAGGGGUUUACGCAUUCGCAGACAUUGACAAGACACAUGGCUGUUCAUAAUGAGCAACUUGAGGAAAAUCAAUAA